CUCCCAAUGAGGGAUGAGCGUUGACUGUGUCGGAGAUCGCAUCCCCGUGGGGGGAGAUGCAGGUCGCUGCCGGGAGUCCGAGUCUUUUAGAGCUCUUUACUUUCUUAGGUUCUUGGAUUUACAGUAGACCUCACUCUACUCAGGCUUUUGUGGUCACAACUAUGCCGCAGUUCAUUUACCCACUGGACUCAUUGUACAACAUGUCCUUGAUACUCACUCAGUGAAGCUGCAGAGAUUGACCUUUUGGGUUUUACAGGACUGUGUUUGCAACACAGCAGCAAAUGCCAUUCCAGCAGAGUAGGGGAACGCCCCUGUGGAGGCAAGCGUCAGGAAGAAAAAAAUCAUAUAUUACAAGACGCGCGACGAAAAGAUUGCUUUUUUCAACAUGAGUGGGGUAAAAUAUCAAGGGUUCCGAGGUGCCACAGAUUCGUAUGAAAGAAGGAUUGUCCUCGUUGGGAAGACUGGAGUGGGGAAGAGCGCGGCAGGAAACACCAUCUUGGGGAGAGAAGCAUUUGAGUCUGAACUGUCUCCGUCUUCUUUGACGGCUGAAUGCCAGAAAGCCAAGGGGGAUGUUGGAGGUCGAAGGGUUGCUGUCAUCGACACUCCAGGACUGUUUGACACUAAUUUCACCCAAGAAGAAGUCUUGAAGAGGAUCAAGAUGUGCAUCUCAUUGUCUGCUCCUGGUCCUCAUGCCUUCCUGGUGGUUCUUCAGCUGGGCAGGUUCACCCAGGAGGAGAAGGAAACCAUCAAAAUGAUUCAGAACACUUUUGGCGAAGAUGCUGCUGAAUACACAAUGGUGUUGUUCACUCAUGGAGACCAGCUGAGGAAGCAAACUAUAGAGGGCUAUAUUUCAGAGAGUGCUGACCUGCAAACCAUCAUCCGGAGGUGUUACGGCCAUUACCACGUCUUUAACAAUGAAAUCAAAGACCCUGUACAAACCAUCGAACUCCUGGCCAAAAUUGACAAGAUGACCAUGGCUAACAAUGGAAAAUACUACACCAAUGAAAUGUUCAUAAGAGCAGAGGAAGCCAUCGAGAAGGAGAAAGAGCGACUCCUGAAGGAGAUGGAAGUGCAGAGGCAGAAAGAGCUGGACGAUUUGAGAGCAAAAUUGGCUGCAAGGGCUUACCACAGGGAGGAGAGACGGGUGCAUGUGAGAUACGAGAAUGAAGCCAGGACCAGAGCUGAAAGAUCAAAUGAGUUCACUGCUGCCCCAGCGAUUGCUAUUGCAACAGCAUGUGGUGCUGCCGUUGGAGGUCUGAUUGGAAUUGCAGGAGGUCCGAUUGGUAUGGUAGUCGGAGUUGCAGCUGGAGCAGCUGUUGGAGCGACCAUUGGUGCUUUAUCAGUGAAAGUCUCUGAGCGUUGCCAUGUGCAGUAAGGACAGUAGAACAUACUGUAAAGUAUCUUAAUCACCUUUUGUUUAUAGCUGAAUAAGUUAAUCAUCUUGUAUUAUGAUGCAUCUUUCACGGAGUCUUGACUGUAUAAUACUUGUGAAAUAUAAUUAAAAUCAUAAACUGUC